AUGGACUCGCUAGAUCCAAGCAAGCCCCUGUCAACCGUGGGCACGGAGGACGGGGCGCGGCACACAUGCAGGGCGUGCAGCGGGGACUUGGGGCCUGAUGAGAGCCAGAAGCUGUCUACGGCUCCCAGCAGGAGCUAUGACAGCGCGGUUAGGACACAGAAUGGACAUCCCAACGGCCCUGUCACCCUUCGCAAGCCUCAGACCGACGCCGGCAGCGCCUCUGAAUCCGCCGGGCCGGAAGAUGGCUUCGUGUCAGCGCCGACCACAGGCCCAAGCAGCACCAACACGGCAAACACCAACUCCAUCACUGACAUGACGAGCCUGCCGGACAUUCUGCGCGCGCGCUCGGCCAUGCUCGUCGGCGCCCUCGAGCUUGGCGCCCCCCUGGGCCGCGGCAGCUAUGGCAAGGUCUACAAGGGCAAGUGGAAGGGUGUGACGGUGGCUGUCAAAAUUGUGGAGCACAGCUCGGAGGCCAAUGGGGGCAUCAGGCAGCUGCGAGAGUCCAUCCUCAGUUCCUCCAUAAUCCACCCCAAUGUGGUGUCCACCUACAAGAUCCGCACCAUCCCAGCUGCAUGUGCACACCCUGAUGGGAUUUCCCGCACAGCAAAGCAGCAGGGGAGAGACAUUGGCGCGUAUGCAUCAGACCCCACUGUGGAGAAGGAGGCCGGGAAGGAGGCCGGCUAUGCACCAGACAUGCUGGAAACCUGGCUCCUCCUGGAGUUCUGUGACAGGGGCAACCUGGAUAGGGCCAUCAUGCAGCAGAAGGAGUUCCACCAUCCCAAUGGCAGGCCCAAGCUGGAAUCGAUGUACCGAUGUCUCAUCGACAUGGCGGCUGGCAUGGACUAUCUGCACUCGCUGGGGGUCAUCAAUGGUGACCUCAAGCCGGCCAAUGUGCUGCUCAAGUCCACCAACGCAGACAGCCGCGGCUUCACCUGCAAGCUUGCGGAUUUUGGGUUGAGCCGCGUGCUGGACACGAAUGGGACGCAUGUGAGCACACAGACGUAUGGCACGCUCGCGUAUCAGCCGGCGGAGCUUCUGCGGGAUGGGAAGCUGACCAAGGCCGUGGACGUGUACUCCUUCGGCAUGAUUAUGUGGGAGCUGUGCGCCGGGCGCCGCCUUUUUGAAAACAACAUCACUGGCCAGGUGUUCUACAAGGUGCUGAUGGGCUUCCGGCCGGCCAUCCCUGCGGACAUGGCGCUCGGCUACAGAAACGUCAUGGAAGCAUGCUGGCAGCCCAACGACGCCUUGCGGCCCACCUUUGAUGUCAUCCUGCGCAGCCUGCAGAGGCUGCUGGACGAGCACAUGCAGAUGGAGCAUGGCAUGGAGUACAUGCCCACAAUCCAGAUGGCCUUCUACGACGAAAAUGGCAAACCACCCAAAGCACCCACCAAGGCGGAGUCCCCAGCCUUCUUCAACCAGCUGCAGGCUGCUGCCCGCCAGGCUCGCGACGAGCUCGGCGUGGAUGGGAGGCCUGUCACGAAACGCGCAAGCCCGUUCUCAGACGCGGACGUGGUGCCGAUCUUGGAAACUGCGGAAGUGAAUGGUGACGGGCCGAAUUCAUCUGACAGCUAUGUGCAGAUCAACAGCCUGGGAGGUACGCUGCAGGAGACCAGCUACGAAGUUGGCACGGCGGCGCGCAUGCAGUCCUGGGAGCGGGCAAAUUCCGGCUCGCUCACCCCUGCCCGCCUGGAGGGCGCCGGGCAGGGAGGCCUGCCCAGGCCGGGCAGCUCCGGGCAGCUGGGGGCGACGACGCAUAACUUCUGGCAGCCCACACCGCAGCGCCAGCUCGCGGACAUGGAGCUGUCGCCCUUCAACGCCGCCGUGCGCGGGCGCGAGGGGCCGCCGCUGCCGCAGCCGCCGGGCGCCACCUUCGGCGGCGGCGCCGCCGCGCAGCUGCACCUGGCCAGCCCGGCCGACCGUGCGCCGCCGCUUGGCGUGGGCGAGCUCCGAGCGAUGCUGGAAGGCCGCGCAGGGAUGGCUGCAGCGGCGACAGCGGACAGGGAAUCAUGCAGCUCGAGCGGUGCGGAGUACAGGGCAGCAACGGCGGCGGCCGGGGAGGCCCUCUCGGCGCGGGCCCCGUCGGCCGAGGCGCCGAUGGGCCUGGACGACCUCGCGAGCAUGAUGGGCCGCAAGAAGCGCCGGCCGGUCGUCGCGCCGCCGCUCUCGCCGCAGCCGCCGGCCUCGCCGGACGCCUCCGCGCACCCGGCAGGCGUGGACGUGCCCGGCGCAGCCGGGCUGGAGCCGAAUGGCCUGGCGAUACCGGGGCAGGUGGAAGGGAUUAAGGUGGAAGGCUGGCUGGAGCGGCCGGCGAUCCCGCCCGGCAGCCUGGCCGAGCGCUACCUGCAGGAGCUCGCCGAGGAAGAGGCGGCGGAGGAGGCGGCUGCGGCGGCGGCCGCGGCAGGAGGCGGCCGGCCGCCGAUCUCCGGCGACUUCCCCGCGCAGCACAGCGGGCGGAGCCUGCUUAGCGAGGAGCGUAGCAGCGAGCGGUCCGGGCUGCGGAGCCCGGCGAGCGAUGCUAGCGGCUUGCGCGGCAGCAGCGGCAGCGGUGGCCGGCCGCGGUACGCCCUGGCGGAGGCGCACAGUGUGGCCAGCACGCGCACCAGCAGCGAGCUUCGCGACGAGCGCAUCAUCGCCGAGGAGGCUCCAGACAGCCUUGCUGAGCUGGAUGACUUGCUGUCCCGGCGGCAAUCGCAGCUGGGGGGGUCCAUGUCUCAGACUCCGAUGGACAUGCGGUCUAUGCUGGAGGCAACUUCGUCGGCCGAGACACCUACGGGGAGCCGGCCGCCGAUGGGACCGCAGGGGCAUCUGCUGCGUGACAUGUUUGACGACAGGAACUUUGCUCUGCGGCAGUCGCCCUUUGGCGGGUACACAGCCGUGGAAAAGGGGGAAAGCAUCGAGCACAUGGCCCGCCGCAGCAGCCUUCAGCCCACCAGAAGCGGCCCAGUCGAAUGCGCGAGCAGGACGGAGAUAGAGAUCCGGGGCCGUAACGGGGGCCCGACCGUGGGCGCGCAGCUGCCGCAGAAGGCCAGCCUGCACCUCAUCCGUCGCGACGGCCGCGGCCCAGCCACCACCGGGGCGGCCGGCGGCACGGCCGACAGCCGACGCGGCCGCUCCCUCCCCCCGGAGGACAUGGCACGCAUCAUGGACAUGCGCGCCAGAGCGCAGCGCGAUACGGCCCUUUCGCUCGGCGCGGCGCCCCUCAGCCGGCAGGACAUCAGGCACGCCUCGGGAGAGGGCGCCGCCGCCAAAGUUCCCGGGGGGACCCCGGGGGACACCCCAUCUGCCGCGGCGGCCGCCGCCAUGGAUAACCCGUUUGCGUUCAACGCCUGA